AUGACACUGGUAGCACCACCGCCUCAACAGUGUCCGUCAAUGCCGUCUCCAACCUCAGUUCCGAAUGGAGUUGCUCCUUCACCACCUCCACCAUGCUCAGGAUGCAUUAAGUUGCACGCUGAUAUCAAGCAGAAUAUGCAACAAAUGAUGGACAAAUUCGACUUGAUCUAUAUGCGACUGGAGAGUUUAAUGAACGAAAAGGAGAAGAAUCGAAUGAUCGUACACGAUCAAGAAAUGAGUGAAAGCGGCAGUGAUGACAAGGAUGUACCAUCACCAGCAGACAGUCGUGCUUCGCCGAACACCGCACAAGGUAGCCGCAAACGAAAACCGAACAAGGACACCGUUCAUCGAGUUGCGGAUGAUGUACAAGAAGUCGCAAAUACUACCUCAGGGGUGUCCGAGACUCCAGCUGUGUCAGCAACUCCAUCAACACCCGCUUCAGCGACGGCCGCCGCGGCACCAUCUAGCUUUGCAGAUAAUAUGGGCUUCCUCGGAGGGCAAAUGAUGGAUCCGUUAGCACAACAACAGCAAUUGCUCCAGUUCAUCAUGCAGCAAUCGCUAGGUGCUGCAGCAGCCAGUAGUACCCAUCCAGCGCCUCCAUCCACACCGCAGGGAACGCAAAGCGCUGCCUCUAUGACUAUGACACCGACGGCGCCGGUGUCAGGUGUGAAAUCCGAACAACCCGAUCCACAAGUGCUCAUGGAACAGUUGCAGCAACAAUUCAAGGAGAAAUUUGAAGAUGACGAUUCGAACGCGUCGGUUUCACGGUGUAGCAACUGCAUGACGACAAAGACUACAGCAUGGAGGCGGGAUAUGGCUGGAAAACUCGUUUGCAACGCGUGCGGCCUUUACUAUAGACUUCAUCGGACUCACCGUCCUGUCCAUAUGCGGAAAGAUUUCAUUCAACAACGUUUCAGAAGAAAAACUAAGGAAGAAGAGGUGAACUCACCAUCGGCGAUGCUGAACUCGUUGUUCAGCAUGUCACAGUUAGCCGGUAGUGGUAACCCAGCCGCAUUCAAUUUUCUGGAACAAUUCAAUCAUAUGAACUCCGUACAGGAACAGCUGAAUAGCACAGCGCCGGUUUAA